UCUUUAUUUUUUUUUUUACAAAUAACUUUUUUUCAAAGAUCCCACUUCGAUUUGUAGCUGACGAAUUGUGAUCUCUGAUCUGGGUUUGCUUCCAUUGUUGAUAUCUUCAAGAAAUCUUGUGAAUUUAAGGGUUUCUCUGAUUUUUGAGUUGCGGGCUCGGUUUUCUUCAAAUUCUAUCACGCACUUGAAACUGGUCCUUUGACUUUUAUUUGUGGUAUAAAUCGUAAAAGCGGAGCUGUACAAGUAAUGAGCUUUUAGUGAGUAUUGCAAGAAGUCUUAUAAAAAAUGGCUCAUGGGAGGAUUAGGGCUAAGCUCAAGAGAAGUAGUCUUUACACAUUUGGAUGCAUAAGACCGCCUCGUGAAUCAACAGACGAGCCUCAUCAAUUUCGUGGGCCUGGAUUUUCUCGACAUGUUUGUUGUAAUCAACCUCAGUUACACCAAAAGAAACCACUAAAAUACUGCAAGAAUUACAUAUCAACCACAAAGUAUAAUGUAAUUACAUUUUUGCCAAAAGCCCUCUUUGAGCAAUUCCGACGUGUAGCGAAUGUCUAUUUCCUCUUAGCUGCAUUCCUGUCAUUGACCCCCGUGUCACCUUUUUCAGCUUACAGUAUGAUUGCACCAUUAGCUUUUGUGAUUGGGCUUAGUAUGGCUAAAGAAGCAGUUGAAAAUUGGCAUCGCUUCAUGCAGGAUAUGAAGGUUAAUAUGAGGAAAGUGAGGGUUCAUAGUGGAGAUGGUGUGUUUUUACCAAAGCCGUGGAUGAAUUUACGGGUUGGAGAUGUUGUAAAAGUGGAAAAGGAUCAGUUUUUCCCUGCGGAUUUACUAUUACUAUCAUCUAGUUAUGAAGACGGGAUUUGUUAUGUUGAAACAAUGAAUUUAGAUGGAGAGACAAAUUUAAAAGUUAAAAGAUCCUUAGAAACAACUUUAACUUUAGAUGAUGAUUCCACUUUUAAAGAUUUUAGAGGAACGAUUAAAUGUGAGGACCCGAACCCGAAUCUGUAUACGUUUGUUGGGAAUCUUGAAUAUGAACGCCAGGUGUUUCCUCUCGACCCAACUCAGAUUUUGCUUCGGGACUCGAAGCUUCGAAAUACAGGCCAUAUCUACGGGGUGGUGAUAUUCUCGGGACAUGAUAGUAAAGUGAUGCAAAAUGCUACUAAAUCGCCGUCCAAAAGAAGCACAAUUGAGAAACAAAUGGACAAAAUUAUAUAUGUCCUGUUUACUCUUUUGGUUCUGAUCUCAUUAAUCAGUUCCACUGGUUUUGCUAUUAAGACGAAAUACCAAAUGCCAAGCUGGUGGUACUUGCAGGCUCCAGAUGCUGAGGGACUAUAUGAUCCUGGAAACCCUGCAGCAUCUGGGUUUUAUCAUUUGGUUACUGCUCUAAUUCUGUACGGGUAUUUGAUACCAAUUUCACUUUAUGUUUCUAUUGAGCUCGUGAAGGUUUUACAGGCGUUGUUUAUAAAUCAAGAUAUUCACAUGUAUGAUGAAGAAACGGGUACUCCUGCUCAAGCUCGGACUUCUAACCUGAAUGAGGAAUUAGGAAUGGUGGACACAAUCUUAUCUGAUAAAACUGGGACUUUAACGUGUAACCAAAUGGAUUUUUUGAAGUGUUCAAUUGCGGGAAUCCCGUAUGGCAUGCGGUCAAGUGAAGUUGAGCUAGCUGCUGCCAGUCAAAUGGCAAUGGAUCUUGAAGGACAAAAUGGUGAUUUUACACGACGUAGUGGACAAAACGGGUCAGAAAUUGAAUUAGAGACAGUUGUGACUCCCCGAGAAACUUCACAAGUUGCUAUUAAGGGGUUUAGUUUUGAGGACAGUCGGCUUAUGAAUGGGAAUUGGUUGCGAGAGCCUAAUGCAGAUGUUUUGCUGUUGUUUUUUCGGAUACUUGCUCUUUGUCACACAGCGAUUCCAGAGCUUAAUGAAGAGAAGGAUACUUAUAGUUAUGAAGCUGAAUCACCAGAUGAAGGGGCUUUUCUUGUUGCUGCAAGAGAGUUUGGGUUUGAGUUUUGUAGAAGAACGCAAUCGAGUAUAUUUGUUCGUGAGAGGCAUGGUUCUUCUCAAGAAUAUGUCGAAAGGGAGUUCAAACUCUUAAAUCUUUUGGAUUUUACAAGCAAAAGAAAACGGAUGUCGGUUAUUGUUCAGGAUGAGACCGGACAGAUUCUUUUACUGUGUAAAGGUGCAGACAGCAUUAUAUUUGAUCGUUUAUCAAAAAAUGGAAGGGUCUUUGAGGAGGCCACCACAAAGCAUCUGAAUGAUUAUGGGGAAGCUGGAUUACGUACGCUAGCACUUGCUUACAAAAAACUUGAAGUAUCAGAAUACGAUGCAUGGAAUGAUGAGUUCGUAAAAGCCAGAACUGCUAUUGGCGGUGACCGAGAAGCAAUGCUUGAACGGGUAUCCGACAUGAUGGAAAAAGACCUGAUCCUCGUUGGUGCCACUGCUGUGGAGGAUAAACUGCAGCAAGGGGUGCCUCAGUGUAUCGAUAAGUUGGCACAAGCAGGUCUAAAGAUAUGGGUCCUGACAGGCGAUAAGAUGGAAACUGCAAUCAACAUAGGGUUUGCAUGCAGUUUGCUGCGGCAAGGGAUGAAGCAAAUAUGUAUAUCAACAAAUAUAGAUAUGCUAAAUCAAGAUUCCAAGAAGGCUGUAAAGGAGAACAUUGUAUUGCAAAUCACAAAUGCUUCUCAAAUGGUUAAGCUUGAAAAGGAUCCACAUGCUGCAUUUGCAUUGAUUAUUGAUGGGAAGACGCUAACGUAUGCUUUGGAGGAAGAUUUAAAACAUCAGUUCUUGAAUUUAGCCGUUGAUUGUGCUUCUGUCAUAUGCUGCCGUGUCUCUCCUAAGCAAAAGGCCUUGGUUACGAGAUUGGUUAAAGAAGGCACAGGGAAAACAACUUUAGCAAUUGGAGAUGGUGCAAAUGAUGUAGGAAUGAUUCAAGAAGCAGAUAUUGGUGUUGGAAUUAGUGGUGUUGAAGGAAUGCAGGCUGUGAUGGCUAGUGACUUUGCAAUUGCACAGUUCCGUUUUCUGGAGAGGCUUCUGGUUGUACAUGGUCACUGGUGCUAUAAGAGAAUCGCUCAAAUGAUUUGCUAUUUCUUCUACAAGAACAUCGCAUUUGGUCUUACCCUCUUCUACUUUGAGGCAUUUACCGGCUUCUCAGGGCAAUCGGUGUAUGAUGAUUGGUAUAUGCUUUUGUUCAACGUUGUUCUUACAUCAUUGCCCGUGAUUGCACUUGGGGUCUUUGAACAAGAUGUGUCCUCUGAGAUCUGCUUACAGUUUCCAGCAUUGUAUCAGCAAGGACCAAAAAAUCUGUUUUUCGACUGGUACCGAAUCUUUGGAUGGAUGGGAAAUGGUCUUUACUGUUCCCUCAUCGUAUUCUUUCUCAACAUCAUCAUUUUCUAUGACCAAGCUUUCCGGAUAGGCGGGCAGACAGCUGACAUGACGGUGGUAGGGACUGCUAUGUUCACAUGUGUUAUCUACGCAGUCAAUUGCCAGAUUGCCCUCACGAUGAGCCACUUCACAUGGAUACAACAUUUUCUUAUCGGUUUUAGUGUCUUAGCGUGGUAUGUGUUUCUUAUACUAUAUGGGAUGAUGUCCCCGGAACUUUCUGGAAACGCAUAUAAAAUCUUUGUGGAAGCACUUGCUCCUGCCCCGAUAUUCUGGCUAAGCAUACUUCUAGUGACGGUGGCAUGUAAUCUCCCGUACUUAGCUCAUAUAUCUUUUCAAAGAUCUUUCAAUCCUAUGGAUCAUCAUGUUAUACAAGAAAUUAAAUACUACAAAAAAGAUGUUGAAGAUCGACAUAUGUGGACUAGAGAAAGAUCGAAAGCUAGACAAGAAACAAAGAUUGGGUUUACAGCAAGAGUAGAUGCAAAAAUCAGACAGUUGAGGCAAAUGUUGCACAAGAAAUCAUCUGUGUUAAGUCCCCGUAUUGCAUUGGCGGCAACACGAUAACCUUUUUCUUUUUCUUUUUUUUGAAUGUUUUUUGGUUUUUUGAUCAUGUUUAUAGUUAAAUGUGUAGGGUUUGUCAGUUCAUUUUCUCUCUUUGUUGGUUUUUUGGGGAAUUACUGGUUCUUUUAUUCAUUCUUGAUAUAAGGAGAAAGUAUAGUAACCUUUGUAUGUAGAAGAUUAACAAAAACUGUUUUGCAGCCAAUGACAAUGCUCAGCUUUUUUGUAA